AUACAGUCACUGACAAGUUACUAUUAUUGUGACUUGUACGCUCUACUCUCACAACUCACCACCUUCGCAGAUUCGUCAACUUGAUCAGCUGCAUACAUCAUAAUACCAUGCUCAUAUAUAUUUCGUACGCACAAAGACUGUAGCUCCCGCUAAAUGACGAACUUCAAGAUGGCCACCAGCGCCGGGAUAACCCUUCCGAAUCAUUCAGAAUCUAGUCCCUAGACAGCCCAUUAUAAUAGACGGAGGAAUUCGAAGAUGAUCGUCCCUAAUCAGAACCAGUCACUUAGUGAUUGCGCUCAAUGUCCCCCGGAGGAAAUUUGUGAAGCCGUUGCUUGCGAAGUCAUCAUCAGCAUCCAGGAUUUCAAGUCCUGAAUCUGAAACUCGAUAUUGUUAUGGAUGUUGGAGACCGACUCACAGGACUCUUGCCGGAUGAUAGUUGAUACGUGCCCAGAUCAUCAUGAUCAUCCGAAAAGUUCUCGUGAAUGACAGCGAACUGGUACAAAGCUUGUCUUAGACAUCGAUUCACCAUGGACUCUGCAGCGACGCUCGUCAACCCCACUCCGCCUACACCCUACUUCAUGACCAGUACUAGUCUAAAGAACGCCACAUUUUACGCGCAACCUGGUAUCCCACUGUACACGAUCACCAACGAUGGGAAACAGACAAUAGUCAACGACCGUCGUACUCCUGGUCGGAUUGUUGCCAUUUUCCACCAACGAGAAUUUCUCCCAAAUACUAUUUCAUUUCCAGAACGGAAUGGUAGCGCACCCAUCAGCGUGCAAAAAUGGCUCCGAAAAACCAAGCUUGCAGACGGAACAAUUGCUUUUGUCAUGGGGACCGAUUACGGGCCAUAUGCGUGGAAGAUGAUCUCAAGCCAUCGUCAAAAGGUUUACGCUCAAUGUGACUUGGACAGACCAAUAGCAUCAUGUUCCUUCCAUACCACAGUGUCAAAUGGAAAGCCUGCAUUUUUACUGGAAUACGAUGCAGAGCCUUUGCGUGAAGAUAUUCUGGUGGCUUAUCUGCUUCAGAGACAACGAGUAAUGUCAGAAGACAGGCUUAUUGAUGUCUUUGUAGGAUCUCCAGCAGGGUAGACAAGAUUUCAUAGACGCUGUCAUAGGGUUUAGGACAUCUCGACAGAAGUACAGCUUACUUAUCUCACUAAGACCUGCUCGUGCAUAUCGUACAUAAUUCAGUUUCUCGACUACUUAUCAAUGGUCAGGAUGCUAUCGAUGAUCGUGGGACCGACUUGUCUGCCUGUAAACUCACCACCAGGGUAUCGAUUUACAGGGUUUCCCAACAAGG